ACUAGAAGAGCUCCACAAACACAUGUGCAAUGUUUUCAAUUUAGACAUGGAAAGUUGAAUUGAAAGACUUCGUACUUCAGGUGUAUAAAAUAUCCGGGGAAGAAACAAUGGCUACCUCAGGACCUUUAGAAAGAGACGGUAUCAUCCGUGAUGAAAAGACAGGUGAAUAUUACAUACCAGCAUCUCAACGACCUGAUGGUACUUGGAGAAAACCUCGUAAGGUGAAAGAUGGUUAUGUGCCGCAGGAGGAAAUGCCAGCGUAUGAAAACCGUGGUGUUCAAUGGCUGAAAAGUAGUAAGUCUUCCCUUCCCCCGGGAUUGAACCCAACCGAUGUUACCCCGAAGGAUACGGAUACACCGCAGGCUGACCCCUUCGCAGGAAUGUCCAAGGCUGCAAAGAAAAAUGCUAAAAGGAAAGAAAAGAAGAAACAACAGGGCCACAAUGAAAAUGUUGAGUCUGUAACCAGGUCAUUAGCUGAUUCUGUGCUCUCAAACGACCAAUCACAAUCAUCUAAACAAAGCUCCAACCAAUCAGAGAUGCCAUUACAAGAUAAAGCUGAUAUUGAGAAGAAAAUCAGAAAUCUGAAGAAGAAAUUAAGACAGAUUGAGGAUCUGGAAAAUAAAAUAAAAUCUGGCGAAAUCAAGGAACCUGCCAAGGAACAGUUAGAGAAAUUAUCCAAAAAAACAUCAGUGUUAAGUGACAUCGAAGACUUAGAACUUGAUUUAGUUGAUUUGUGAAUUGGAUCAUAUAGAGAUUAGAUGGAUAAUUUAAUUACUGAAGUGCUGAAAUACUGAUCUACUGUUGUCAGUCUAUAUACAAUCACGUUUUAUGUAGUAGGAAUUCAGAUUUGUUACUGGUGGGAAAAACAAAUUGUAUUGUGAAGUCCAUGAUCAUAAAAAUCUUUAUGUCGAUCAAUUUUUUAUAUAAUGACUAAAUGCAGGUUUGACCUCAGCAGUACCCGAUACAAUAAGGAAAUAAGGUGUGAUAGAAGAUUGAACACAUACAAAAUAAAAUCAGUCUGUUGUUUUGGAACGAUGAAUCAUACCUUUCAAGUGAUAGGAUUUGGACUGAAAGCUGAAGUUGUAUGCAUGAUUUCUCCAGAGCAAAAUCUUGACCUGAACAUUUUUGAAAAAAGAAAUCUAUUACUGUUUUCUUAGAUAUUGAAUCCCUGAAACCAAUGCAAGUUUACUGCAGUAUUGUGAUCAGAUCUUUACAAAAGAAAAUAAUGAAAUUGCAAAACCAAAAAUCUCAACUUUUUCUAGGGCCUGUUCAUUGAAGCGGAAAAAACAGUUUGUUUUUAAAAGUAAUGUUUCAGGCAUAUAUCUUGACAGACCUGCAGAUGUUAAUGCAGGCCUUGAAAGACUUCGUUGAGGCUUGCCUAAUAAAAAAUCACCAGGUCUAUCCUUAUUUCAUAAACAAACAACUGGCCAAAUCGGUCCAACGCUAAACAAAAAUGGCCGUGGUUUCUCUUCACGACAGGAAUAAAGUCAUGUUAUAUAGGAAUAAGUGUUUGUUUUAUAUUCCCAUGUACUGUGGGCAUGAUGAACACAUUAAUAAAAAGUACCUCAUUAAAUUAAUGAUUGCUGGCAAAAAUUGAAUUUCAUAAAAGGUACAUAGAUUAUUAUACCUAUUUUCUGUAAAUACUUGUGAAAAUGAAGCAUUCACUUGUGAUUUGACCCCAUUAUGUGAGAUUUGUAUAAAUGUUUCAAAGUUUUUUGACGGUUCAUCAACCAUUCAUGGCUCUAUGAAUAAUAUUCAUAUAAGAUAUUUAUUUUCUGCUUGCAUUGCCUAUAUAUAAUCAUAUUGUCACCAAUUUGUUCCUCACAACAUUUCACAACUUUGUUUGUUGUCCUUCAUACUAUCAUAUGGACUGGUGCAUGUGAUCUUGAUAAGAUUAAAAGAAUGUGAACUUUGAACUCUGAACUUUGACCUGUUAUAAAUACAUAUACAAAUAUUGAAGUUUGACCUGCUAUAAUCACAUAUAAAUGUAUUGAACUUUAUCCUGGUUGUCAUUAUUACAUAUACACAUAUUGUAACAGGUAAAGCAGAUUUUAGGUAUAUCUGAAUGUAUUGGAUGUGAUGGCUAAACUGAGAGUAGGCUGUAUGAAAAUUCAGACAUUCUAAAUGAAGAUAAAUUGGUGAAACACAA